AUGGGGAGAGGGAAAGUGGAGUUGAAGAGGAUCGAGAACAAGAUAAACCGACAAGUAACGUUCGCCAAGAGGAGGAAUGGGUUGCUGAAAAAGGCUUACGAGCUCUCGAUUCUUUGUGAUGCCGAGGUUGCUCUCAUCAUCUUCUCCAAUCGUGGCAAGCUCUAUGAAUUUUGCAGCACUUCUAGCAUGGCUAAGAUACUUGAGAAGUACAAUAGCUACACCUAUGGAGCAUUGGAACCUGGUCAAUCAGAAAUUGACACUCAGAGCAAGUACCAGGAGUAUCUGAAGCUGAAAGCAAAAGUUGAGGUCCUUCAGCAUUCACAGAGACAUUUUCUUGGGGAGAAUUUAGGUGACCUGGGCACCAAGGAACUGGAGCAGGUUGAGCACCAGUUGGACUUCUCAUUGAGGAAAGUCAGGUCUAGAAAGAUGCAGAUGAUGAUGGACCAAUUUUCUGAACUGCAAACAAAGGAAGAAGUCCUACUGGAAACCAACAGAAACUUGAGAAGGAAGCUGGAGAAAAGUAGUUCCAUGAUACGAUCGACGUGGGAAACAGGAGAGCAAAGCGUUCCAUACAACCAUCCGCCGCCGGUGCCGCCGCCACGAUUGGAUGGAUUUUCCGAGCCUUUACAUUGCUGCAAUUCUCUGCAAAUGGGGUAUGUAUUUUCAUUUCUUUGCUGUUAUAAUCCUCGUAAUAUAACAGACGAGGGUACUGCUACAGGCUCUGCAAUUGCACCCAGUGGGUUCAUCCCUGGUUGGAUGCUUUGA